AUGGAGCCCUUCCUGGGCUGCACCGGCGCCGCGCUCCUGCUUUGCUUCAGCUACGCCGGUCUGCGGCCGGUGGAGGCAGACAGCCCAUCGGCUCCGGUCAACGUCACAGUCAAACACCUGAAAGCCAACUCAGCCGUAGUGACUUGGGACGUUCUGGAGGACGAGGUUGUCAUCGGAUUUGCCAUUUCCCAGCAGAAGAAGGACGUGCGGAUGCUGCGCUUCAUCCAGGAGGUGAACACCACCACCCGCUCCUGUGCCCUCUGGGACCUAGAGGAGGACACUGAGUACAUUGUGCAUGUCCAGGCCAUCAGCAUCCAAGGCCAGAGCCCUGCCAGUGAGCCAGUCCUCUUCAAGACCCCCAGGGAAGCUGAGAAACUGGCUUCUAAAAAUAAAGAUGAGGUGACAAUGAAGGAGAUGGCGAAGAAAAACCAACAGCUGCGUGCAGGGGAAAUACUCAUCAUUGUGGUGGUGUUGUUUAUGUGGGCAGGGGUGAUCGCCCUGUUCUGCAGGCAGUACGACAUCAUCAAAGACAACGAGCCCAACAACAGCAAGGAGAAAGCCAAGAGCGCCUCAGAGAACAGCACCCCUGAGCACCAGGGCGGGGGGCUGCUCCGCAGCAAGGUGAGUGCCGGGGGCUGCAGCAGGCAGGAGCUCCCAGCAGCUCCCAGCAGCCCCCCAGCGGGAUGCAGGAAGGCAAAGCCCCUUCGCUUCCACGCAUGCCAACACUGCAGCACCAUUAGCAGCCUGAGCAUCCCCCACCUGUGCAGGCAGCAGCACCCACUGCACUACAUUUCCUUACUACUAGAGAUAGCUCACUAACACACACAUGCU